AUGACUGCAUCCAAGGCCAGAGUGAGGCCUGCCAGGGGUGGUCGCCCUAUGCAACUUGCAUCCAACCCUCUCGGUGCUGCUGCUGCUGCUGCUGCGGUUGCCUCUGUUGCAUAUGCUUCGGCAAGGGCGGUGACCUCCCCUCCCUCCCUCCCUCUCGCGUUCAGGGGAUCAUUCAACUCCGCCGCUCAAGCAUCCUUAGUAACAUUCAGCAACCCCUCCCCUCCCCCAUCUCUCGGAUCACUCCCUCCUCCCCCCUCCCCAAGUUUCACGCACCUUACACCUAUAAACCUCAUUACCUCCUUAGAUAAUCCUCGGUUGCACAGGUGA